AUGACUCUUGGGCUUACAGCUUCCCCACUAGUACAGGGUAAUUACGGUGGGAGGGCGUUGGAAAGGGUUUCAGAUGACAUUGAUACUGUCAACGUACUGAGGGCAUCGGUCAGGAACCGGACACGGUUUGAAGCCUCCAAGUUUGAUCGAGGUAAAGACAAAACCCAAUUUCGGAAUUAUGAAGUCGCGUGCGAGAAGGUGAAGCAGUUCUAUCUCGAGCAACAUAAAAAGCAAACCGUUGCAUUCAACUUGAAAGUGCGAAAUGACUUCCGAUCCCGGACCCACACAGAGCUGACCGUGUGGGAGGCCAUAGAAACGCUCAACACUCUCAUCGACGAAUCUGACCCUGAUACAUCACUUUCUCAGAUUGAACACCUUCUCCAAGCUGCGGAGGCCAUGAGAAGGGACGGUAAACCUCGGUGGAUGCAACUGACGGGUCUAAUUCACGACCUGGGAAAGCUACUUUACUUCUUUGGCGCCCAGGGGCAAUGGGAUGUCGUUGGAGAUACGUUCCCAGUCGGCUGCGCUUUCGAUGACAGAAUAAUCUAUUCAGCUGAGUCUUUUAGGAAGAACCCGGACUAUGGCCACGAAAUAUAUGGAACCAAGUAUGGGAUAUAUGCCCCUGCCUGUGGCCUGGACAAUGUAAUGCUCUCCUGGGGGCAUGAUGAAUACCUAUAUCGUGUUGUGAAAUCUCAGUCUACUCUGCCCACUGAGGCGCUAGCAAUGAUUCGUUAUCACUCCUUUUAUCCCUGGCAUUCCGAAGGAGCAUAUUCUUAUCUUAUGGACGAGAAAGACAAACAUAUGCUUGAGGCCGUCCGCGCCUUCAACCCCUAUGAUUUAUACAGCAAGAAUGAUGAGAUUCCAGACACGAAAGAACUCAAGCCAUAUUACCUCGACCUUAUCGACGAAUUCUUCCCCCAGCGAGUCAUUCGGUGGUAG